AUGUUCCCAAAUCGCCCGUUCCACUACGCUCCCCCCGACGACCCUCCAUCGUCCUUCGCCCAGACUCUGCGAGAGUUCGAAGAGAAAUUCUUCGACACCUUCCCAGCAGCAAGGGAGGCCGCCGAACGCGAGCGCGAGCAGGCCUUGACUGCCACCUAUUUCAGCUCCGUAUCCUUUUCCUACGACUCCCGGCCCCAGCAGGAGGGAUAUUCGACCCAUUUCGGCGCCCAGCCGUUGUACGACCAAGCCUACAACGUCGUCGAGGAGCUGCAGCCUGUCGGUUUACCGCCGUCGACAUCCCAUCUGGUCUCCCAGCUGCACUACGAUUACCGGCCACAGUUCGAAUAUCCCCAGCAAUAUAUCCCUGAUCAGCAGCAAUCACAGCUCCCCGAGGUGUAUGCUCCCGUGCAGUACGCACCCCCAACGCAGCAGAUUGUCCAUUAUGCUCCUUCCGAAGGCCCUAUACCGCCAACCCCAGCCCUCCAGGUCGCAAUUCCCCGAGUAGCUCCUCCGGCACACUACCCCGAACCACCAGCCAACCCUUCAUAUCCUCAUCCUCCACCUCAUCGCCAUGGCAUAAUCCAUUCAUCUGUUUACCAGUCCACUCCCGUCCAAUCGCCAGUCGACUCGUUGUCACAGGUUCUCUAUGCAUAUCCGCCUGGUACUCCAUCGGAGGUCGCAAGCUCUCCGACGAGCGACCUUGCCCUAUACUCCCCUGCUCCUGUCAUCGUGCCUAGCCAGGACCCACGUCAGGCGACACACCACCUCCACCAACCUCAAAUGGAAUCAUCUAGUCGGAUAAACGAGCACCUCGAAAGCUUAACCCUCCCUUCUACAUCCGCUUCGUUGACACAUGCUAAUCAACACGCCUACGAUCAUCACCGCCAGACUCGCUCCCUUUCCCAGGUCCCUCCACCUCACAUCGACAGAGCUACCGUUCGAGGGGGCUCCUGGGGUCCCGCCGGUAGCCCCACGAAGCAAUCAAGAGGGUCCAUGCGUCUGAGCCCCUUGCCCUCGAAGAGACAUCUCGAGAAGAAGCCACCUCUAGCGUGUUUGUUCUGUCGAGGGCGGAAGAUCGCGUGCGGACCCCCUCUUCCCGGAAGCGUUGAUAAAACUUGCAACCAAUGUCAAAGAAGGUCAUUGCGAUGCGAGUACCCGUCGGAGAGUCGGCGAGGUAUGCGAAAGAAGAAGAACACCGAUUCUACCGAUACUGUCGACCAGGACCCGACCCCAUCAUCUUCGUCAGCAGAACCCCAAACCCUGCCUACGAACCCUCCACCGACCUUUUAA